CGUGCGCACUUUUAUUGCUCCAGGGCUGAGCUUUUGCAGCUAUUUCUAAAUCAUUUUGAAUUGUAGACAAUAAGACAUCCAUGUACUACAUGGUAGUAAAAUCAGCAUAUUUUAGCCUAAACUAAACCUAUGCCUACUAUGGGAGAGUGUAUUUGUUUUGAGAGCUUACAUCGUCCUAUUUGAUGUAAAGUCAAGGUAUAAUUUUAAAAGGAGAUGAUUUCUGACAGAGAGACAGGCAGGUGCUAUCACGGAACAUCACGACCGUGAAGCAAAAACGACCAAAUCAAAACCUAAGGUUUAAGUUCCUCAAAGGGCACAUGAUGGUGGCGAGAAUGGCGAGCUGCGGAGCCGCUUGUAACCUGGAUGAAGGAGAUGGAGACAUCCCUGCCCCUGACCAGAAGGCAGGCUGUCUGAGAGUAGACGUGGAUGUUAGAUGAGGCAGAGAGCGAUUGGAGGCAUAUGAGAACACAGAUGGAGAGAUGGGGGGGAAAGAGAUAAGGGGAGAGGGAGGGAGAACGAGCAAGAGAGAGGGAUGUUUGUAGAGCAGAGAGAGAGACCUGGCUGGUUCUCAGUCUGAGAUGAGGCUCCCUGCCCCAGAGAGGACAGGCUCCAUCUAUUAGCUUCCCCUCUGCCAAUGCCAGGCUCUCAGCUAGAAGGCCUGACCCAGACUCACUCCUGCUGGGUACAGAUACCCCUGGAGCUAGCCAUGUCUGUACACCAGGGCACCAGUUCACUUCACUCUAUCUUACCAGACAAUGCAGGGACAUCUACAGAGGAGAGUUCUGAAGAAGAGGAGGACGAAGAGGAGGAGGAGGAUUCUGACGGCUCUGCUGAGAAAGAAGAAGGAGUAGAAUCCGAGGAGCCUGACGUUGAGGGUUCCUGUAAUGAGUCAGAGUCGGCUCCUCAACCUGAUGCAGAGGAUUCCCUUGCUAAAGAUGUGCCCCCCAAGCCAUGCUGUGAAAAAUGCAAGGCUGUCCAGCGGAGUCAARGCAAUGAACUGGUUACUCCCAGGAGGAUCUCUAAAGGACGCCUACAGUGAGUAGCUGUUCUACCUGU